AUGGUUGACUCCACUGAUAGACCAGCAAGUUAUAAACAGAGCUAUAAGUUAAUAUUUGAAGAUGUUGAUGAUUUUACUCUUGUUUAUAAUCGAAGGACAAACACAGACGUUUUACCAACACUAUCCAUCAACGCCACUGAUGAAAAGCAGGUUGGGGUAGUUGAUGAUAAGAAGUGGCAAGUUGACUCCAGAAUUGAUUGUGAAACAGUUACCACAAAAGUUACCAACACUGUGAAUAGCAGAACAAUGAAUGAAUUUUGUCAAUUAGAUGAUUUUUUUACCCCUUCAGGUUCAAUCAAACGCAAAAGGAGUUUUAGUGCUCAAGUUGAAAAGGACACUUUGGCUCAAAAGUUUGCUAUGCACCUUAACAACUUGCAUGUGAUGGAGGAAAGAUGCAACUGUCAAAUUGGAACUAGUAACGAUAAACACAAGUGGAAAAUCAAGAAUUCAAACACAGAGGUGAACUAUGGAAAGUUGACUGCCACACAAGUUGAGAAUGAUACAUUGGAAACCCUGGAUGGGAAAGAUUAUUAUAUUCCAAGUUUGGUGAUAAUUGAAAGCGGCAGUGUUGGUAGACAUAAAGAGCCAAUGCGGUCUGGAUCAAGUCAAUCCGGAGUCGAUUACGAAGAAAAAGACGAAGUUAGUUGCAAAAUCGAUGGAGCUGAAAUAUUCGACCUCAAGUGGCCUCUCAAUAAGGAAACACCGGAUGAUCUGGACUUCAAAACACCCAUCCCGCAGCAUGAUAGUGAGAGACAUAGUCUUGAUCACUUGUCUAGCGGUGAGUCUCUCGAGACUAACUCAAAACAACUAGAAACUCGAGAGGCAUUAGAGGAAAUCUCAAAUUGUACUGAUAAAUUAAGCAACGUGGGAGGAAAAAAGGGAAAAAAAGUAGCUAAAAUUAAUUGUUGCAAUGACGUGGUUGAUGCAGUGCACUUGUCAAAAGGUGGUAUGGGUGUUGAUGAAACAGUUCAAAAGGAAGCAAAUGAUUUGGCUAGAGUAGCUUAUGGUUGGGCUAGAGACGCAUUUAGAUUUCCAAAAGUAAAGGAUUAUGUGGCCAGUUAUGAAAUGAGGUAA